AUGUCGAGUGGAGAAAAGCCAGUACCUUUAAGUCAAAUGACUCCUCCAGGCUCAUCAGAGGCCUCUAGCGGAAUCAAACCUCCGCCACCCGUCGCGUUAGCUGUGCUGUCUCUCCAGCCUAUGCCAGAGCCAGUGCAAGUAAUCGUCCGGCCCACAACGCCUGAAGAGGAAGAGUCGUGGCGCGCACAGAAAACACGGAAAAGAAAGGAACUACUCAUCAAGAUUCUUUUCUACUCUGUCCUCUUCCUCAUCCCAGAUGCUAUCAUCUGCCUCAUUUGGAUCGCCUCUACCAAACACACCUCAAAGGGUUCGUAA